AUGCCGCGCUUCACGGGCCUGGUUCUACGCCAUGCCAGGGAUGCCGAGGGCCGCAUUCUAGCGGAUCUAGAAGGUAGAGAAUGGGACGAAGUGAAGGCCAGUGUCCGCGAGUGCUUCAGGUCCUGGGGCAAGCGUCGGGCGCGGGAGGAGCGCGAGGAGAUAAAAAUCGUCUCCGACGCGAUCCUUCUGCUCUCGAAGCCACUGUCUACAGCAGCGCCGGCCGCGUCGUCGGCAGCCCCGAGCCCCAAGAAGAAGGCGGUGCGCGCCAAGCCCACGGCCAGCCACCCCAAAGUGUCGGCCAUGGUGAACGCGUCCAUCGGCGAGCUCAAGGAGCGCGGAGGGUCGUCGCUGCAGGCCAUCAAGAAGCACAUGGCGGCCACCUACAAGGUGGACGUGGAGAAGCUGUCGCCGUUUAUCCGCAAGUACCUCAAGUCGGCCGUCACCUCGGGCGCGCUGGUGCAGACCAAGGGCAAGGGCGCCAGCGGCUCGUUCAAGCUGGCUGCGGGCGCCGCCGCGGGCGAGAAGAAAAAGGCGGGAGGUGUCAAGAAGACCCCCAAGAAGGCCGCCAAGAAGCCCGCGAGCGCCAAGAAGACUCCCAAGAAGUCUCCCAAGAAAGUGGCGGCCAAGAAGGCCAAGCCAGCAAAGAAGCCCAAGGCCGAGAAGAAGGCGUCGCUGCCCAAGAAACCCAAGAAGCCAGCGGCCAAGAAGGCGGCCACCCCCAAGAAGGCAGCCAAGAAGUAAAACGUGCGCGCGCACACAACACACCAACGGCCCUCGUCAGGGCCACCCCAAACGUCUGCCUCGGCGGAGCCGCGUUGAUAGCGCGCGAUGCUCCGACCUCCGUGACCCCUCUUCCGCGGCCAUUUGCGGUCCAGCUGCCUCGGAUCAGUCGAUCUCAAAUAACAACCAGCUCAUGGAUUUCUUGCCAGUGCGUUUUCCCCUGCUUUGCUGCAUGGUUCAAGUAUAUAA